AUGAAGGCGAUCCGCAAGGCGGCGCUGCGGCCGCGGGGCGACGCGGACAUGUCGCUCCCGCUGACGCACUACUACAUCAACUCGUCGCACAACACCUACCUCAACGGCGACCAGCUCACGUCGAGCAGCUCGCCCGACGCCGUGAGCCGCGUGCUUCGUUUAGGCUGCCGCGUCGUCGAGCUCGACUGCUACGACGUGUCCGACUACAAGUACGCCAAGGGCAAGUUCGAGGCCACCGUCGUCGUCACGCACGGCGGCACGCUGACGUCCAAGUGCAAGUUCAAGCACAUGAUCGCGGCGAUCCGCGACAACGCGUUCGUGACCACCGACUAUCCCGUCAUCGUCACGCUCGAGAACCACUGCAAGGAGGAGGGCCAGAAAUUGAUCGCCAAGAUGCUCCACACGAUCCUGGGGUCCAAGCUCUACGUGCCCGUCGACGGCGCCAAGGUCGGCCCGGAGCAGCUCCGGGGCCGCAUCGUCAUCCGCGACAAGCACAAGGAGGAGAAGGUCAUCGAGGACGUCAUCAACAUGGACUCCCAGGACAACGACGACGACUACGAGACCAUCAAGGCCCGCGGCGGCCACCUGAAGAACAAGCCCCAGGGCAAGGGCAAGGACAAGGCGAAGAUGGGCUCCGCGAGCCCCCGCGUCGCGGCCGUGGACGCGUCCAAGACCCGCGGCGACCUCAAGAGCGCCAUCGAGGAGAAGCUCAAGGCCGACGAGCACCAGGGCGCGCUCAUGGCCUGGACGCAGACGUCGCUCGCGCGCAUCUACCCGGCCGGCUUCCGCAUCGAGUCGUCGAACUACGACCCGUCCGACGCCUGGGCGACGGGCUGCCAGGUCGUGGCGCUGAACAUGCAGGUCAAGGGCGAGGACAACCCGCUCUGGACGAACCACGGCAAGUUCCUCGCGAACGGCGGCGCGGGCUACGUCCGGAAGCCGUCGUGGAUGAUGCGCAAGGACUUCACGUUCCUCAACACCUACUUCGAGGCGCUGCGGACCCAGUCCCUGCCGACGAAGGCCCACCUCAGUGUCCAGCUGACCUCGGCCGAGGGCUGGACGGAGGGCUGGGGCCUCGAGUCCGCGCCGGACGUCUACUGCAUCGUCUCCGUCGCCGGCGGCCCGCCCCAGGACAAGCAGCACCACAAGUCCAAGACCAUCGACAACUCCAAGAGCCCCGUCUGGAACGAGACGGCGACCUUCGACCUCGCCUGCCCGGAGCUCGCGGUCGUCACGCUCGAGUUCUGGGACGACGACGACCUCUCCGGCGACGACUACCUCGGCCACGUGUCCCUGCCCCUCUCCGAGGUCAUCACGGGCGAGCAGCUCGUCAUCCCCCUCCUCGGCAACGCCCUCACGCUCUGGAGCCUCGGCGGCCAGCCCACGGUCAAGGUCCGCUUCGACGUCUCCGGCGACCUCGGCGACGGCUCGAGGGACGCCGCGCCCGCGCGCGACGCGGCCCUCUCCGCCGACGACAUCAAGCCCGCCAUCUCCUACGACAACGCCAACCAGGUCUCCUGCGUCGACAACACGUGCUGA